AUGGUUGUUGGUUUAAAUUAUACAGAAUUCAACAAUAAUCGUCAACACUUGUUGGAAUCAUCAACAACAACAACAACAACAACAACAAUAGAUUUACACUAUCAUAAAGAUAGAGUAUCAACUCCAAGUGGUGGUUCAUCAUCAGAUAGGGAAUUAUUAGAUUCCUUUUCAAAUAGAAGUUCAGUUGGUUUGUUGGAUCCCUUACAUUUAGAUGAUCAUCCUUAUUAUUAUCAACAACAAUCUCCUCAUCAAUCAAGUAAUAUUCUUAAAUCACCAUCAUCAGCUGGUCAACCUCAUCAAGAUGAUAAGAAUAAUAAUAUAAUAAUAUUACAAUCACCUAAUAGUAAUAUGCCAACAUCAGCAACCUCAUCAUUACCAGGAUCAAAUUGUAAUAAUUCAUUUAAAUUAUCGGAACAACAUGAUAAUAAUAAUACCAUAGAAGAGGAAGAUGAAGGAUCUAUAUUAAAAAGUACACAAUUUGUCUAUGGAACUGUAAUCUAUACAGGAUCUGAUACUAAAAUUAUGAAAAAUAUGCAAAAAGGAAAAGUUAAAUUUAGUUUUGUAAAUGCCAUGUUAAAUUAUGCAGUUGGUAUUUUAUUUACAAUUCAAAUUGCAUGUUGUUUAUUAUUUGCUGGAUUGGGGGGAUACUAUGAAUUCACACAAGCUAAAACAAAGGCAACAUAUACUGGUCAACCAACUCCAAUUGGAAUUUCAGAUACUGGUUUUGUAAUUUCAUCAUUUUUAACUUAUUUCAUUUUAUUAAGUUUAAUGAUUCCUGUUUCUUUAUUUGUUUCAUUGGAAUUUGUAAAAAUGAUUCAAGCUUGGUUUAUUACAAUGGAUAAUAAGAUGGCAAUUUAUGAACAAGAUCCUCAUGAUUCAGAUAAGAAAAUAUUUUUAAAUUCACUUUCCAUUUCGAGUGAUUUAAAUGCUGACUUAUCACAAGUUGAUAUCAUUUUUAGUGACAAGACUGGAACAUUGACUGAAAAUUCAAUGGUAUUUAAAAAGUGUUGUAUUUCAUAUGAUUAUAUUCAUGAUGAUUUUACUUGUAAAGGUCAAUUAGGAUCAAUUUUAGAUAAAUUGAGAGAUUACCAUACUAAGAAAAAACAUACUGCUCAUGAAUUAACUCAAAAUGAAUUGGAUUCAAUCAUUUCAGAAAGAAAAUUAUCAUUUACCAAUGAGAUGGAAUUCUUUCAAGCAUUUAAUACUUUGUUAUUACUUUCACUAUGUCAUAAUGUUUCAGUUAGAGAGAAAAUUGUUAAAAAUAGAAAGAAAUCUAAAAAGGAAAAUCAAACAGAACAAUUGAAAACUAUUUUUGAAGGUGAAAGUAUUGAUGAAGUUGCACUAGUUUUGGGUGCACAAAAUAAUGGAUUCCUAGUCAAGUGUUAUUCUGAAAAAAAGACAAUUUUGGAAAUAUUUGGAAAGGAGUAUCAUUUUGAAAGACUUGCCGAAAUUCCAUUUACAGCAGAUAGAAAGAGAAUGUCAACUAUAUUUUUAUUUCCUAAUGAAUUUUUAAAUGAUUAUCCCAUUUAUAGAAAAAUGGCAAACUUUGCAAUUCCAAAUAUGGAAACUAAUAAUGGAAUUUAUGUUUGUUUUACAAAAGGAGCAGAUAGUUUUCUAUUUCCAUUCAUUAAAUCUACUGAAAAUGAAAAGGAUAGAAAACAAUUAGAACAACAUAUUUUAAAUUUUGCCAUUGAUGGAUUAAGAACUUUAUUAUUAGCAUUUAAAUUUAUUGAACCAAUUGAAUUUAAUACUUGGUUGACUAAAUAUAAUUCAUCUAAAUCAAUCAUGUCUUCAAGGAGGAGAAAACAAGCCAUUGAAGAAUGUGAAUUUGAAUUGGAAAGUAAUUUAAAUAUUGUUGGUGCAACUGGAAUUGAAGAUUGUUUACAACCAAAUGUUCCAGAAACUAUUAAAUUUUUACUUGAUGCAGGUUUACAAUUAUGGUUAUUAACAGGUGAUAAAAGAGAAACUGCUAUUAAUAUUGCACAAAUGUCAAAUUUCCUAUCAAAGGAAUCAAAAAUUUAUUCAUUGAAUGGUGAAGAUGGAACAAUUCAUGACGAAGUGUCAUGUUCUAAAUAUAUAUCACAUUACAUUCAAGAAAUUGUAAAUUUGACAAUUGACAGUUCUAAAAUUGAUAUUGCCUUAAUAUUAGAUGGACAUUCAUUCACUUUCUGUAUGGAAAAUGAAAAGACAUCAAAUUUAUUUAUUGAACUUGUCAAGAAAUGUCAAACUGUCAUUUGUUGUCGUGCCACACCAAAACAAAAAUCACAACUUGUUGAUUUGGCAAAAAAGAAAUUAGGUAAAAAUGGUUUAGCAAUUGGAGAUGGUGCUAAUGAUGUUCCAAUGAUUCAAAAAGCUAAAAUAGGUGUUGGUAUUAUGGGUAAAGAAGGUUCACAAGCUAAAUUAGCAUCUGAUUAUGCAAUUCCUAAAUUUUACAUGUUAAAAAGAUUACUAGUGACACAUGGCAGGUAUUCCUAUAAGAGAUCAGCUCAAUUUAUUCAAUAUUCAUUUUAUAAGAAUAUUGUAAUAUCAUUUGUUCAGAUAUUUUAUGCUUUUUAUACAAUGAGUUCUGGUCAAACUAUUGCUGAUUCAUAUGUUUUAACUUUUUAUAAUUUAGUUUUCACUUUAUUGAAUCCUUUCGUAUUUGGUUUAUUCGAAAAGGAUGUUAAUGAAGAUUUAUUGGAAGAUCCAGAGAUUGGUCCAAAGUUAUAUGCUCAAUUGAGAACUGAUUACAUUUUUAAUUGGUUUACUUUUAUCAAGUGGAUUUUAGGUGGAAUUAUUCAUGCUACUAUAAUAUUCUAUUUUGCUAUUUAUGGAAAUAAUUCAAGUUCACUUUUAACAGAUGGUAGAGAUGAUGGACUUUGGUCAUUAUCUACCUUAAUUUGUUCAAGUGUUUUUAUUGUUGUUAAUUUGAAAUGUUAUUUUGAAAUGGAAAAUAUUACAAUUAUUCAUCACUUAUGUAUGAUUUUAUCAUUUAUAACUUAUUAUGGUUUUCAAUUUGCCUAUGCUGGUAUUGAAUUCAUUUCAACAAGUGCUAAUUUUACAUACUAUGUUUGGUAUGUUGUCGUUCAAUCACCAAAGUUUUGGAUUGUUCACUUGUUGUGUGUUGUUACUCCAUUGGCAUUUGAUUUUAUUUUCUAUGGUAUUAAAUAUUGGAUAUUCCCAGAUUAUUAUCAACAAUUGAAAAUGAGUGAAAAAUAUCAAAAGAACACCACUUCAUACAGCAGUCCAAGUAAUAGUGGAAAUAGUAUUGAUGACUCUGAAACUGUUAUCAGUAGAAUUCCAUCAGAAAAGUCAAUGCUAAUGGAAAUUUAA